AUGGCUUCCAAGCCUUGUGCUGUGUGUAAGAUUUUGAGAGAACCAUGUGGAACAAACUGCAUAUACAAACCACAUUUCACAUCAGACAGUGCGAGAUUUCAAGAUGUUCAUCAAAUCUUUGGAGCCGUGAACGUCGCCAAGAUCUUCAACAGACUUGGAUCUGAAGAUCGUGAGAUUGCUGCCAACUGUUUGUCCUAUGCGGCUGAGGCUCGUAGACGUGAUCCCAUUUCUGGUGUUUAUGGCAUGAAACUAUACUAUGAAAGUAUUCUCAACGAUGUUGAGCAAGAGAUCAGAUCUGCAUUGAAUGAGCUUGAAACUAACUUGGGACCUGAUCAAGUGCCAAAGUUUUUUGAUAUUCCAAUUCCAGAUGAUUUCCUUAAUACAACAGCUUCUUUGGAUUCUUAUAUUGAGAAAAUCAAGAACCUAACCACAGUUGAAAAGAACAACCUUUUGCAAUUCUGGAAGAGAGAAAAUCAAAAGAUGGGUGAUGGUGCAUCAACAUCUGCUGGACCAUCUACUGCUUUCGGUGAGAAGCAUCAGUGAUAACUCCAUUAC